AUGGCUUCCCCAACUAAACUAACCUCCUCUUCUUCUUCCACUCGACAAUGGAGCCAUGAUAUCUUCUUGAGUUUUCGAGGUGAAGACACACGUUUUGAAUUUACCCACAAUUUAUACACAGCUUUGAUUAGCUAUGGCUUAAACACCUUCUUUGAUACCAAUCUUGAGAGGGGAGAAGAAAUUUCAAAGGAACUUCUUAUAACCAUUGAACUGUCAAUGAUUUCGAUCGUUGUAUUGUCUGAAAAUUAUGCAUCUUCUACUUGGUGUUUGGAUGAACUUGUCAAGAUUCUUGAGUGCAGAAAAACUGGACGGAUCCUGAAGGUUUAUCCAAUUUUCUACAAAGUGACUCCAUCCGAAGUAAGAAAAAAGGAGGGAAAGUUUGGGAAAGCACUAGAUAACCACGAGACAAAAUUCAAAGACAAAAUGGAGAAGGUUACGAGAUGGAGGGAAGCUUUAACUGAAGUAGCUGACUUGUCUGGAUUUGAAUACAAGAAUGGUGUAUAUGAAUCUGAAUUUAUCAAAAGAAUUAUUGAAGAGAUAUUAAAAGUUAAAUCAAUUCACGUGAAAUUAGCUAUUCCUAAAUAUCUAGUUGGAGUCGAUUCUCGAGUGGAAGCUAUAGAAUCGCAUUUAGAUAUGGAGUCCAAGGGUGUUUUCAUGGUAGGAAUCCAUGGUCUUGGGGGAGUGGGUAAGACUACAAUGUCGAUAGCUGUUUAUGAUAAAAUUCGUGGUCGUUUUCAAGGAAGCUGCUUUCUAGAAAACGUCAGAGAAAGAUCAAAGACAGAUGCUGGCAUUAUCCAAUUACAACAGACACUGCUUACUGAUACCUUACGUAGUGGAAUUGUUAAGGUGAAUAGUGUACGUGUAGGAACCACUAUGAUACAAGAAAGGCUCUGCAAUAAGAAAAUACUUUUAAUUCUUGAUGAUGUGGAUCAGUCAGAAGAGAUAGAAAAUUUGCUUGGAUAUUGUAACUGGUUUGCUUCAGAAAGUAGAGUCAUCAUAACAACAAGAGACAAACAAGUUCUAGCCGAUCUUGAAAGAUAUGCUCAAAUAAAAAUUUAUGAGGUUCCAAAAUUGGAUCCAUGUGAUGCUUGUGAUCUUUUCAAUAUGCACGCCUUUCGAAAAAAUGAACCCAAACAAGAAUAUUCAAAUCUUGCAGAGCAUAUUAUAUCUUCAGCCGAUGGCCUUCCGUUAGCUCUAAAAAUAAUGGGUUCUGAUUUGUAUAACAAAAGUAUAGAUGAAUGGGCAUGUGCAUCCAAAAAGUAUAAGAAGAUUCCACAUGAAAAAAUUCUAGAUAAGCUCAAGAUAAGUUAUAAUGGAUUGGGAGAAGAAGAAAAAGUUAUUUUUCUUGAUAUUGCAUGUUUUUUUAGGGGAUUUAACAAGGACAAAGUUGUGAAAAUAUUAGAGGCUUGCCAAUUAUAUCCAUAUUCGGGUAUUAGAAAACUCAUUGAUAAGUGUCUUAUAACUGUUGACAUAGGGGGCAUAUUGUGUAUGCAUAACUUGCUACAACAAAUGGGUAGAGAAAUCGUUCGACGGGAAUCCAAAGAGCUUGAAAACCGUAGCAGGAUAUGGUGUCAUGAGGAUGCAUAUAAAUUGCUAACCGAAAACAUGGGGUCAAAUAAAAUUCGAGGCAUAAUGUGGUACUCACCUGAACCAAGAUUGGUGAAAUUGCAAGCUAAUGCUUUCAAAAAUAUGAGAAAUCUCAAAUUUCUCUUAGUUGAGAAUGUACGAAUUUCUAGAGAGCUUAAAUAUCUUCCCAACGAGUUAAGAUUGCUUCAGUGGUCAGAAUAUGAUUUUUCCUUGCCAUUAAAAUUUUACCCUCCCAAUCUUGUUGUGCUGAAUAUGCCGAAUAGUCAGAUUAGAUUGGAGAAACUAUUAAAACAGGGCCGCACAUUUGAAGCAUUGAAAAAUGUCAAUCUCUGUGGGUGUAAAUUCAUUACAGAAUUACCUUCCUUAUUUUGCGCCCCAAACAUAAAGAAUUUGGACAUGCGUGACUGUGUAAGUUUAACAGAGGUUCAUGAGUCGUUUGGAUAUCUUGAUAAGCUUGAAAGGUGGGACCUCACAAACUGCCGAGACCUUAAGAUUCUUCCAAGUCUCCUCGAGCUAAGGUCCCUUAAAUAUUUUAAUCUAAGUUACUGCAGAAGGCUUGAGAAGUUUCCUGCUAUUUGUGCCCCAAACUUAGAGUCUUUGUCCAAUUCUUUUUGUACAAACUUAAGAGAGGUUCAUGAGUCCGUUGGCCAACUUGAUCAGCUUAAAAGUUGGAGCCUCGAAAGCUGCCGAAACCUUGAGAUUCUUCCAAGCCUCCUCAUGCUAAGAUCCCUUCAAAGCUUGACUCUAAAAAACUGCGGAAGGCUUGAGAAGUUUCCUGAUAUUCACCCAGAAAUGAAAUAUUUGCAGCGUUUAAAUAUGGCUAAUAGUGGUAUUAGAGAAUGGCCUUCAUCGUUCAUGCAUCUCACCAAAGGGCUUCAUAUUUUAGAGCUAUCUAACAAUGAAAACCUUUGGAAUUUUCUGCAUAGCCGCAAUAAAUUGCAACUGCCCGAGGAAAUAGAUGUUCCCACUACCAAUCCCUUUGAUGGCUUUUCGGGAUAUGGGUUUCGGAGCUUGGAAUAUCUGUGGCUCUACUCUUGGGAUGGAGAUAUAACUGAAUUAGAUUUUCAAUACUUCCUCCCAUUGAGAGAACUUCAUAUAGAUGAUUCCAAUAUUAUUAGUAUUCCCCAAAGCAUUAGCGGAUUAACUAAAUUAGAAAGUAUUCACAUAGCAUAUUGUAAGCGGCUUCGGGAAAUUCCAACGCUUCCACAAUCUGUAAGAAGUGUGUAUGUAAGCAAAUGCCCGUCGGUGGAUCCACAAUCAUUUAGCAGAUUAUUGAUUCAGAUUGGAGAAAUUCUAGGGAUUUUACCGAAUAGAUUCCAUGAAGGUGCAAGAAGCAACAUAUCAAUGGAUCCCAUUCAUGACUCUAAAUCUAAAUCUGAAUAUGAAAUUUUGUACCGUCUUACACUACCAGUAACAGAGAUUCCAAAGGACUUAAAAUUCAACCAUCAGACUUUUGGAAAUUCCGUAUCCUUCUGGGUUGGUAAAAAAUUUUCAAAAUUAGCCAUCUGUAUUGCUUUUCGAACGGGGGGGGCACAUAUGCUCGUCGAUUGUGGUUUUAUAAUUUCCAUCAAUGGGUGUAAACAAAUAGAUUCAGUUUUCGCUAAAAGUUGGAUAGAAGAGGAACUGUGGUUAUUGUCUAUAUCCUUUGAGAAAUUGAAUAAACGAAAACUAUCUGAACAGAAUCACAUUGAAGUUGAGUUUAUAGCAUUUAGUUCUCAUGACUUGCUUGGAAACCACACUGAUUCCAUAAAAUGGUUGGGGGUCAAUGCAGAAUGCACCUGCUAUCCUCAGAAUUCAGAUGUCCCUUGCUUGCCGCUUCCGUGUGCUAUGAAUGGUUGUGGGUCUUCCUCCAUUCUGAAUGACACUGAGCUCCCGCCUUUGCUACCUGCUUCCUCCAUUUCUUAUGCUUCAGAUUCAGAUCACAGGGUUCUUAACAAUGGAAGAAAUUACAUACUUGCUGGAACAGGAUUCCAAAAGCGAAGAAGAAUUUGUUGA